AUCAAGUGUUAAGCCCAACUGUGUUUCCAUGGCCGUUCCCUGAUGGCUUCCCUGGAGGCUUCCCCAAGAACUCAUACUGGGGACCCAGCACACAAUCCUUCUCUUUCACUUGUUCCUUUAGGAGUGUUUUAUACCCAGCGUCAAGAUGGGUAAGACCCGUGGUAUGGGAGCUGGGCGCAAGCUCAGGGUGCACCGCCGUGAGGAGCGCUGGGCUGAUAAGGACUACAACAAGAGCCACCUGGGCUCUGAGUGGAAGAAGCCUUUCGCCGGCGCCUCGCACGCCAAGGGCAUCGUGCUGGAGAAGAUUGGCAUUGAGGCGAAGCAGCCCAACUCUGCCAUUCGCAAGUGCGCUCGUGUGCAGCUGAUCAAGAACGGCAAGAAGAUUGCGGCUUUCGUCCCCAUGGAUGGUUGCCUUAACUUCAUCGAGGAGAACGAUGAGGUUCUCAUUGCCGGUUUCGGUCGCCGCGGCCACGCCGUCGGUGAUAUUCCCGGUGUCCGCUUCAAGGUCGUCAAGGUGUCGGGUGUGUCCCUGCUGGCGCUCUUCAAGGGCAAGAAGGAGAAGCCCCGGUCGUAAUCGACCAGGCUGCAUGUCGGAGCAGCAGCUGCGCCCACGGUUGCUGUAACGCUUGGUACACGUG